UUUAGUCACGUCAUAAAAGACGUACGUUAGUCAUCGCAGCCUACCUUCAUUUAUGCGGGUUGAGCAAGCGUGAUGCAACAUCAGCACUAUAAUCUUAACAAGAAAGCGCGAUAAAUAGCUGCGAUAUAGAAAAGUGUUUCUUUUUUUAAAACUCGGUGUAAACUGAAUCUUCGCGUCAAGUGGCUACGUGAAACUUGACGAAGCUGUCCGCCAUCAUGGCUCCGCGUGUAAUAGAGCGCCGCGUUGGAACUGGGACCAACAUGGCCGCCGUUGCGGUGCGGUCUAGACGGGGCGCCGGGUGAAACUGGACCAGCGCGUUCGCCAUUGUGGCUCAGCGUUUACCAGCGGUGGUGGUCGCCAAAUGUAAUACUAUUAGCGUUUAGUUAUGCACGUACAUUAUUCAACGAUACACGAACUUGUUUGAUGAAACUUUUUUCGAGUGUAAAGAGUCAACUUUUAACUGUUUAAUUAGAAGUUGCUGAGGAAAAGAGCUCAUAAGCGAGCAUCUGCAUCAACAUAGACAAAUACGCGAAGUGAGCAUCUGCAUCAACAUAGACAAAUGUGAAUCGACAAAUGUGAAAAAUUGUUAAUUUUUGACAUCUUUUUUUUCGUCAUGGGCCAAAUUGUAUUUAGUUUCCUCUCCAGCAGAGGGCCAUUAUGACUUUGAAUCACUGCAAACGUUUAAUAGCCACUUUAUCAUAUUCAGUACACAACAAAUAUGCUAGUCUUGCUAGUUUUUAAAUCAAAACAAGGAUAAUAGUUUGUUCAACUGUUCAAGUUAGUGUUAAAAAAAGGGUACAAAAGGAGUUGGUAGCAAAAAUAUAAUUGGAAUAUAUAAAUAAUUGAAAAUUUUGGUGUGAGAUGGGAGUUGACACUAACAUUCCCCGUCCAGUGACGUGGCGGCCUCGAGUUUGACACCUGUGCGUUAGCGGCUAGCAUGUUAGCCACCAGAGAGCUCUCCCUUUCAACUUGUUUAAAAUAAUUUCAAACUUUGCUAUAUGUUCACAAAACGAGGGGUUAAGGGUCAAAUGGCGCGCACCCGUCGAUGCGCAAUUCGGGGCCGCAGUCUUGGCUAAAAUUCCAAUGGGGCCCUCUUUGAAGCUAAAGGUUAGGCGACAUAACAAAGCGCCGCCUUUGAUGACUUUCAAGGUGCUUUUCGGGCGCCACUUUGUCCGGCGCUUCUGGGUGGACGCCCCACGCCGGGAAGAGUUCCACACAACGCCGCAGGGUCAGGGACCUUCCUGAGCAAGCAACCGGAGAUUUAAGGCGCCCGGCAGUCAGGAGCGAACAGCAUGGAGCCCCGUCAGCAGCUGCCCACCGACGAGGACAUCAAGUGGGACAAGCUGCUGGACAACAUCCUGAAGUCGUCCGACACCAUCCUGUGGGGCACCGCGCCGACCCGACCGCUGCCCGCCGCCAUGGCGGCGAGCGAGCCCAAAGGGCCCUUGGAACUGCCGCCCCUGGCGAACGACCGGGAGCACCUUGAGUCGCUGAUGGACGGGGAUCCCGCCGAUAUGGACGACGAGCUCUCCAACGUCCUGGAUGACUUUUGGCUGCCCGACUACCUGGGCGGUCAACCGGGAUCGAUCCACAUCCAGGACCAGGACGACAACGCCGUGAUGAUGCCGAUGUACGAAGGCGUGAACCAGGCUCCUCCUCCCGUCAGGCUCAACGGCGAGGCAUCAUGCGGGGGAGCAGGGGCGGCCGUGGCGGCGGCGGCGUCGUCGUCCUCUGACUCCACCGAACUGUCGCCUGACCCCUCACAGAUGAUGCAGCAGGACGGGGAUCGGCCGUACAUCAAGAAGCCGCCCAACGCCUUCAUGCUGUUCCGCAAAGAGCAGAGUCCCAACGUGGUCUCCCAGUUCAACAUCACCAACUCUGCGGUGGUCAAUAAAAUCCUGGGAAAGAUGUGGAAAUCGCUGCCCAAGAAGCUGCAGGCCAAGUACUACCAGCAAGCCGAAGAGCACAAAGUCCUCCACAGCCUGCAGCACCCGGACUGGUCCUGCACGGAAAACUACGGCAAAAAGAGGAAGCGCGAUCGCAGCAGGCACAGCGCCUGCGUCUCAAAAUCGCUGGAGGACGUCCCCCCGGUGGUGGAGCGUUGCUGCGCCGCCAUGGGUCACGCCCCCGGCGAGGACGCGUCGUGCCAUCACUACCACAAGAGCGUCGUGGGGGACACGCACACAUACGCGCAAACGCGUGGCUGCUGACAACCGCCACGGAUCGGGACACGGCGCAGGUCGGGAGGACGACGCUCGCGUCCCGAGACAUUCGCGAGAGUGGCGCUGGAACGCGAGACUGCGGUGGCGGGACACCGAUGAUGUCUUCGCCGCAAACUUUGGUGGCCUCUGCGGGAACAAAGCGAUGAAGCGUUGAAUAAAAAUAUUUUCAUAGGCCA